AUGGACUCCAUCAUCGAAACACAGCGUCAGACACACGAGGAGAUAGAAAGAUACGAAACUGCUCUCUAUUCACUGCUAUCAAGAAAUCAACCGACUCAUGAAAUCAAGAUUCAGACAGAACACAAAGCAGCUCAGGUCUUGGAUCGCAUCUCGUCGCGUGUGACAGCCUUGCACAACUCUUACCUUGAUGAAGAUGCGCGGAAAGUUGAGAUAGGCACACUUAGCGCUCCAGCAGCAGCGCAGAAUGACCUUUCUGAAUUCUAUGCGCGGUUGGUGAAGGUUCAGGACCACUACAACAAGUAUCCUGAUGCUGUAGCAGGAGGCUUCGACAUGGAGCUUGCUGCCAUCUUGGAGGAAGGUAAUCAAGAUGGGCUGGAAGAUGAUUACGAGGAGGAAGACCCCAUAUCUUUACUUUUCUCUGGUGAAGAAGCAUAUGGAAAGUACCUUGAUUUGUACACGAAUCACACCGCAUACAACAACUUGAAGAACAUUUCAAAACGACUGCCUUACCUUCAGUAUCUUGAUAUCCUGCUUGCUGCUCCCAACGGUCUACUGCACAGCGAGCUUUCGAGGGAGGUUAGGGCAACGAAAGAUUACGAGGUGUACAUUCAACACUUGCAUGAUUAUCUCCUGUCCUUUGUAAAACGGACACAGCCGCUUGUAGAUAUUCAAACAAAACACCAGGAAGCUGAAGUCGAAUUUUACCAAAAAUGGGACGAUGGCGAGUUUGUCGAUUGGGACGAAAAUAAAACCGUCAAGCAAUCAGUGGAUACAGACGGCGCAGGAGAGGGAAUUUGGUGCUCUGCUUGCCAGAAAAGCUAUUCAAAGAAGACCGUUUAUGACGCCCACUUGACCUCCAAGAAACAUAUGAAAGCAAUUGCCAAGCAGGCCGUUUCUGAAACGCCUCCGCAAAAUCCAAAUGGCACACAAAACAUUACCGCACAACCCGCGAGCAAUGUUCAAUUUUUGAAAUCCAGACUGCGGAGCUCCGCGUUGCUAACGUAUCUUUCUACAUCCCUUAUUGUGGUGCUAGUCCCCACUAUCAGCGAGACGAAAUCCAAUGUGGAACGUCGCUUCUCCCUCACAGCGCGCGAACGUGAACAAGAAUUGCUUGAACAGUCGAAACCUCCUCCGGCUCCCACCAAUACAUCUGGUGAUGCUGCAGCUGAAGAAGAGGAAGAGGAGAGGAUCUACAAUCCCCUGAAACUUCCGCUUGGCUGGGAUGGCAAGCCAAUUCCAUACUGGCUUUACAAGCUUCACGGCCUUGGAGUAGAAUAUCGCUGCGAGAUAUGCUCUGACCACGUGUACAUGGGAAGGAAAAAUUUUGACCGGCACUUCCAAGAAUCACGGCACGCUUUUGGCAUGCGAGCUUUGGGCUUGCCGAACACAAAACAUUUCCACGAAAUCACUCGCAUUGAAGAUGCCCUCUCACUGGCGGAAAAGUUGAAGCAAGAGGGACGACAUGAGAUUUUCGAGCAGGAAACAAUGGAAGAACUUGAGGACGACGAGGGCAAUGUUUACAAUAGGAAGACUUACGAGGACCUGAAAAAGCAAGGUCUAAUUUGA